GCGGAGGAAAGGAGAGGCCCAGGCGGGGCCGGGGCCCGCAGCGGGACCGGAACCGGACCGGAACCGGAACCGGAACCGGGGCGAUGCCGAGCAAGAAGAAGAAAUACAAUGCGCGGUUCCCGCCGGCACGGAUCAAGAAGAUCAUGCAGACGGAUGAGGAGAUCGGGAAGGUGGCGGCCGCCGUCCCCGUCAUCAUCUCCCGGGCUCUGGAGCUCUUCCUGGAGUCACUGCUGCGGAAGGCCUGUCACGUCACCCAGUCCCGCAACGCCAAGACCAUGACCACGUCCCACCUGAAGCAAUGCAUCGAGCUGGAGCAGCAGUUCGAUUUCCUUAAGGAUUUGGUGGCCGCGGUGCCGGAUAUGCAGGGGGAAGGCGAGGAGCCCCAUGGUGAUGGGGAGAGGGGGCCCCGCAGGGGUCGUCGCCCCGGAGCUGGUCGGAAGAACGGGGGCCCCGGCGGGAAGGGGAAGGAUCCCAAACAGUCAGGAACGGACACGGAGCAGGAGGUGGGGGGGGGGGGGGGGCACCCCAAUAUUCCAAAUGGGAG